AUGUCGGUCGUCAGUCAGGUUGUGAGCAGCCUUACGGGCUCCCACCACGAGUAUGACCUCGUCGUAGUGGGGAGUGGAUUUGCAGGUUCCAUGACCACAUUGAACUUCCUCGAGGAAUGUAAAAAGAUUGGUAAACGGGGGAAAGUUGCAUUGAUCGAGGCUGGUAAAGAAGGAGAACGAUGUGGUGCAAGCAGGUGGACAAUGGCAUACCUUCGACUGGAUAAAGAUAACAAGUUUGACACGGAUUGGAAGCAUGAAAUGAAGCGCGUCAGCGAGGGGUUGGCUGAUCAGGAAUACUGCGCAAAAAUGGAGCAAGAAGUUCCAAUAACUGCUCAAUAUCUACUCGACCACGGAGUCAAACUCAACCAUCACGAUGAGAAGAAUGUCCUGCUCGAAUUCAAUACCAGCCAGCACUUCGUGUUUCCAGAGGGUGGUGGGCAUGCAAUUAUCAAUGCUCUGUUCGACCAUAUCCGUAAAUUCGACAAUGUGACGAUAAUGUGGCAGACGCAAGCAGAGCAGCUGCUGACCCACGAUGAUGGGAGGGUCUGUGGCGUCAGAGUUCGAAAGGCGGACGGACACAUGACGAAGGUCCACGGCAAGAAAGUCAUGUUGGCAUGCGGUGGGUUUGAAGGUAAUCGUGAAAUGUUGGGCAAGUAUGUUGGACCGAGGACAGAGCACCUUGAGCUCAUUGCACCUGGCCUCAAGUACAAUACCGGGUUCGGCCUGAAGAUGGGAUUGGAAUGUGAACUCGUCGACACCAGAGCCAAGAAGCCUGAUGCUGUGAUCUGGGGCCACAAUUACGGUAUUGUUGUGAACGAGCAUUGCAAACGUUUCUAUGAUGAGGGCAAACGACACCUCUUUGCGACGUUCGAAAUGAUUGCCCUUGAGACUUGGCGAGACCAGAAUCAGAAAUCAUACUUUGUCACCGACAGUGCCAUCAUGGACCGUUUCCGACCAGGCUGGGUGUACGAUACCACUGACCAGGAGCCAGAGAAGAGCGACACCAUUGAGGGCUUGGCUGAAAAGCUGGGACUUGAUCCGAAAGAAUUGAAGAAGACUGUGGAUGAGUUUAACGCGGCCAUCAACGAUAAGGAUUUCAACCUGUUGGCGCUUGACGGCAAGAGGACACACGGAUUGUCGCCCGACAAGACCAACUGGGCUAACCCAAUCAAUAAGCCCCCCUAUUACGGGUAUCCAAUGAAAGCACAACUUACCUUCACUUAUGGUGGACUCAAGUGCGAUCUUGAUUCGAGGGUGCUUGCCACAACAGGAGUUCCAAUCCCAGGACUGUACUGUGCUGGAGAGUUGAGCGGCUUGUUCUAUAACGAGUGUAAGUUCAUUCCUGUUCCUUCGUCCCAGACCUCAGUCUGUAGAAGUACACGUAUAAACACCCUCCACAUGUUCAGUGAGAAGCCGAUUCGCAGAUUCACAGAAGCUGAAUAA